AUGGGGACCACUAAGGGCCGGCUCCACUCAGGGCCACCUCCACCGGGCCGGCUCCACUCAGGGCUGGCUCCACCCGUGCUAGCUCCACUCAGGGCCGCUCCACCCAGGGCCACUCCACUCAGGCCGGCUCCACCCAGGCCACCUCCACUCAGCCGGCUCCCCAGGCUGGCUCCACCCGUGCUAGUCCACUCAGGGCCGCUCCACCCGGGCCCCCUACACUCAGGGCUGGCUCCACUCAGGGCCGGCUCCACCCAGGGCCCCCUACCACCCAGUGCUGCCUCCACUCAGGGCCGGCUCCACCCAGGGUCCCCUCCACCCAGGGCCGGCUCCACCCAAGGUCCCCUCCACCCAGGGCCGGCUCCACCCAAGGUCUCCUCCACCCAGGGCUGGCUCCACUCAGGGCCGACUCCACCCGGGGCCGGCUCCACCCAGGGCCUCCUCCACCCAGGGCCCCCUCCACUUAGGGCUGGCUCCACCCAGGGCUGCCUCCACUCAGGGCCGGCUCCACCCAGGGUCCCCUCCACCAAGUGCUGGCUCCACCCAGGGUCCCCUCCACCCAGGCUGCCUCCAUCAGGCUGGCUCCACUCAGGGCCGGCUCCACCCAAGGUCUCCUCCACCCAGGGCUGGCUCCACUCAGGGCCGGCUCCACCCGGGGCCGGCUCCACCCAGGGCCUCCUCCACCCAGGGCCGGCUCCGCCCAGGGCCUCCUUCACCCAGGGCUUCCUCCGCCCAGGGCCGGCUCCACCCAGGGCCCCUUCCACUCAGGGCUGGCUCCACCCAGUGCUGCCGCCACUCAGGGCCGGGUCGACCCAGGGUCCCCUCCACCCAGGGAGCUCUACUCAGGGCCGGCUCCACCCAGGGUCAGCUCCACUCAGGGCCGGCUUUGCCCAGGGCCUCCUCCACCCAGGGCUGGCUCCACCCAGGGCCCCCUCCACUCAGGGCUGGCUCCACCCAGUGCUGCCUCCACUCAGGGCCGGCUCCCCCAAGUCCCUCCACCCAGUGCUGCCUCCACUCAGGGUCGGCUCCAUCCAGGGUCCCCUCCACUCAGGGCUGGCUCCACUCAGGGCCGGCUCCGCCCAGGGCCUCCUCCACCGGGCUGGCUCCACCCAGGGCCCCCUCCACUCAGGGCUGGCUCCACCCAGUGCUGCCUCACUCAGGGCCGCUCACCCGGGUCGGCUCCACCCAGUGCUGCUUCCACUCCGGUCUGCUCCACCCAGGGUCCCCUCCCCCCGCUGGCUCCACUCAGGUGCCGGCUCACCCGGCCUCCCCGCCCAGGGCCUCCCUCCGCCCAGGACCGGCUCCACCAGGGCCGCUCCACCCAGGGCCUCCUCCACCCAGGGCUGGCUCCACCAAGCCCCUCCACCAGCUCCCACCCAGUGCGCCUCCACUCAGGGCCUCUCCACCCAGGGUCCCCUCCACCUCAGCUGGCUCCACUCAGGCGGCUCCGCCAGGGUCCCCUCCACUCAGGCUGGCUCCACCCAGUGCUGCCUCCACUCAGGGCAGCUCCACCCAGGGUCGCUCCACCCAGUGCGCUCCACUCAGGUCGGCUCCACCCGUCCCUCCACCCAGGGCUGGCUCCACUCAGCGGCUCCACCCAGGGCAUCCUCCGCCCAGGGCCAGCUCCACACAGGUCCUCCUCCACCCAGGGCUGGCUCCACCAAGGGCCCCCUCCACCGGGCUGGCUCCACCCAGUGCUGCCUCCCUCGGCCCUCCACCAGGGUCCCUCCACUCAGGCUGGCUCCACUCAGGGCCGGCUCCGCCCAGGGCCCCCUCCACUCAGGGCUGGCUCCACCCAGGGCUGCCUCCACUCAGGGCCGGCUCCACCCAGGGUCGGCUCCACCCAGUGCUGCUUCCACUCAGGGUCGGCUCCACCCAGGGUCCCCUCCACCCAGGGCUGGCUCCACUCAGGGCCGGCUCCACUCAGGGCCGGCUCCACCCAGGGUCGGCUCCACCCAGUGGCUCCACUCAGGGUCGGCUCCACCCAGGGUCCCCUCCAACCAGGGCUGGCUCCACUCAGGGCCGGCUCCACCCAGGGCCUCCUCCGCCCAGGGCCUCCUCCACCCAGGGCCUCCUCCGCCCAGGGCCUCCUCCGCCCAGGGCCUCCUCAACCCAGGGCCGGCUCCACCCAGGGCCUCCUCCACCCAGGGCUGGCUCCACCCAGGGCCUCCUCCACUCAGGGCUGGCUCCACCCAGUGCUGCCUCCACUCAGGGCCGGCUCCACCCAGGGCCCUAGGGCCACUCCACUCGGGCGGCUCCACUCAGGGCCACCUACACCUCAGGGCCGGCUCCACUCAGGUGGCUCCACCCGUGCUAGCUCCACCAGGCCGGCUCCCCAGGGCCACCUCCCAUCAGGGCCGGCUCCACCCAGGGCACCUCCACUCCGGGACGGCUACUCCAGGGCUGGCUCCACCCGUGCUAGCUCCACUCAGGGCCGGCUCCACCCCGGGCCCCCUACACUCAGGGCGGCUCAUCAGGGCCGGCUCCACCCAGGGCCCCCUACACCCAGUGCGCUCCACUCAGGGCGGCUCCAACCCAGGGUCCCUCACCAGGGCCGCUCCACCCAAUCCCUCCACCCAGGGCCGGCUCCACCCAAGGUCUCCUCCACCAGGGCUGGCUCCACUCAGGGCGACUCCACCCGGGGCCGCUCCACCCAGGGCCUCCUCCACCAGGGCCCCCCCACUUAGGGCUGGCUCCACCCAGGGCUGCCUCCACUCAGGGCGGCUCCACCCAGGGUCCCCUCCACCAAGUGCUGGUCCACCCAGGGUCCCCUCCACCCAGUGCUGCCUCCACUCAGGGCUGUUCCCACUCAGGGCCGGCUCCACCCAAGGUCUCCUCCACCAGGGUGGCCUCCCCGGCCGCUCCACCGGGGCCGGCUCCACCCAGGGCCUCCUCCACCAGGGCCGGCUCGCCCCAGGCCUCCUCACCCAGGGCUUCUCGCCCAGGGCGGCUCCACCCAGGGCCCCUUCCACUCAGGGCUGGCUCCACCAGUGCUGGCCACUCAGGGCGGGUCGAUCCCAGGGUCCCCUCCACCCAGGGAUGGCUCUACUCAGGGCCGGCUCCACCAGGGUCAGCUCCACUCAGGGCCGCUUUGCCCAGGGCCUCUCCACCCAGGGCUGGCUCACCCAGGGCCCCCUCACACUCAGGCGGCCUCCACCCAGUGCUGCCUCCACUCAGGGUCGGCUCCAUCCAGGGUCCCCUCCAUCAGGGCUGGCUCCACUCAGGGCCGGCUCGCCCAGGGCCUCCUCCACCGGGCUGGCCCACACGGGCCCUCCACUCAGGGCUGGUCCACCCAGUGCUGCCUCCACUCAGGGCCGGCUCCACCCAGGGUCGGCUCCACCCAGUGCUGCUUCCACUCAGGGGUCGGUCCACCCAGGGUCCCUCCACCCAGGGCUGGCUCCAUCAGGGCGGCCACCCAGGGCCUCCUCGCCCAGGGCCUCCUCCGCCAGGACCGCUCCACCCAGGGCCGGCUCCACCCAGGCCUCCUCACCCAGUGGGCUGGCUCCACCAAGGGCCCCCUCCACUCAGGGCUGCUCCACCAAGGUCUCCUCCACCCAGGGCUGCUCCACUCAGGGCCGACUCCACCAGGGCGGCUCCACCAGGGCCUCCUCACACAGGGCCCCCUCCAUUAGGGCUGGCUCCACCCAGGGCUGCCUCCACUCAGGGCGGCUCCACCCGGGUCCCCUCCACCAGUGCUGGCUCACACCCAGGGCGGGUCCCCUCCACCCAGGCUGGCCCACUCAGGGCUGGCUCCACUCAGGGCCGGCUCCACCAAGGUCUCCUCCACCCAGGGCUGGCUCCACUCAGGGCCGGCUCCACCCGGGCAGGAUCGCCCUGCAUCAUGUUAUAUAA